AUGGGGCCCUAUAGGGCUGAUGUUAAGCCGGGUUUGCGGGAUAUCAAAAUUGAAGUAAAAAAGAUGAUGAAAAACAAAUUUUAUCAGUAUGGAAACCAAAGUGGGCGGGUCCCAGCCUACCCGAACCUGGGUAAAGAAGUCUACGACAAUAUGGUUGCCAAUAAAGAUAUUGUCGCUUUGGUUAACGCUGACACAUCGGAGCAAAUGACGUAUGGAGAAAUGGCACAGUCAAUAGCUGAUAUCGCUCUCUCACUCUCUCGUAUGGGGAUUGGAAAGGGAGAUGUAGUGUGCAUAUGCAGCGAGAAAAAUUUCGAAUUCUUACCUACUGUGUUGGGUGUUAUCUGUUCGGGGGCUGUGUUUUCUCCUACUGACCUCACUUAUGGAAGUCAUCCUCUAGCUCAUCGAGUCAAGAUAGUGCGUCCAAGAGUCGUGUUUUGUUCCCUAACCGCCUUCAUACAGCACAAACCGGUCUUUGACGAAGUUGGGAGCGUCGAACACUAUAUCCUGUACGGAGACCAGGCUCAGGAUGGCGCGAUACUCUUCAAGGACUUCCUGACUGAGACCGUGCCGUUGGAAGACUUCGAACCGGUCCCUGUAAAUGGAUUGGAGGAUACUGCUAUCAUUCUCUACACCUCUGGAACCACUGGUCUUCCGAAAGGUGUGCCUAUCACUCAUAUGGGAUUCCUGCUCAAUUCACAGAAUAUGACAACGGAAGAUUACAAAGCAAUGGUUCUAUAUACAUCUCGGGAGUUCUUUCAUUCAUAUGGAUUGAUGUACGCCCUCGCCUGCCUGAGGUCUAGCGCCACUCUUGUUUACAACGUCAAUGGAGGAGAAGUCCCGAUGUUGGAAGCGGUGCAGAAAUAUAAGUUAUUUUGGCUAUCAAAGGUUCAGGGAUUGGUUCACAGUCUCUGUGGUUCGGGUCUACAUUCUACCCACGGGAAGAGAAGGGGUGGUAGCGAAUGUAUUGUUCUUUUAUUUCCCAGUAUACCGAGUCUGGUGUCAGUUCUCCAGCUGUACGGCAUGUCUGAAGGUGGAUGUAUCUGCAAUGAACUGGCCUGCACCAAGGGGUAUAAAGCAGGCAGCUCUGGAUUGCCAGGCCUAGGAUUUAUUAUGAAGCUUAUAAGUGCCAACUGCUGCGCCAAUACCUCUUCUCACAUGGAUAUGGUGGUCGAUCUGGAGACGAGACAGCCUUUGGGUCCAAACCGUCAAGGAGAAAUCUGCAUCAAAGGUCCCAGCGUCAUGAAAGCUUAUCUGGGCAACGUCCAGCCAGACUGCAAGGAUGAGGAAGGGUUCCUGAAGACUGGAGACGUUGGCUACUAUGAUGAGGACGGAUACUUCUUCGUGGUCAACAGAAUCAAGGAGCUUAUCAAGUUUAAUGAUAUUUCUGUAGCACCGGCAGAAUUCGAAGAUAUAUUACUCCAGCAUCCCGCUGUUCGAGAGGUGGGCGUGGUGGGGAAACCUCACCACGUGCAUGGAGAGGUCCCCGUAGCCUUCAUAGUCCUACAGUCAGGAGCUACGGCUUCUGAAGCGGAGCUGGUGGAACAUCUUAACAGCCGGGUAACUUACAAAAUGCGUUUAGCUGGUGGAGUCCGGUUCAUAGACCGUCUUCCUCGAGGAGCUGGAGAUAAGCUGGACAGGAAAGACCUGAUGCAAAGACUAGUAGACGAAGACUCUAACUGACAAAAGACCGCGAUGGUCUUCUGAGAA